AUGCCUUGUGGAGGGUAUCCGACCGUUACUAAUCCGUAUAGUUACUCUACGACAGCCGACCUAAAUUUGACUGCGGCACAUAUAGCUAGUCGUCAAGUGCUUUCGAAAGAUCUGCCAAACUUUACAGGUAGGCCUGAAGACUGGCCCGUAUUUAUUACUAACUAUGAGCAGUCUACCAUACGGUGCGGAUUCACGGACCAAGAAAACCUUAUUAGGUUGCAGAAAUGCUUGAAGGGCCAAGCAUUAGAGGCAGUUCGUGGUAGGCUUAUGGUGCCGUCUACGGUUGGAUUGGCCAUUAAUACACUCCGCAUGUUGUAUGGUAGACCAGACGUAAUUCACCAAGUAAUGCUGCGUAAGUUAAGGGAGGAACCAUCUGUAAAGCCAGACAAAUUAGAAACCUUAGUAACAUUUUCAUUAGCGGUACAAAAUUAUCGCGCUACAAUGCAGGCGGUAGGUCUAAACGAUUAUCUAAAUGAUCCAGUGCUAUUAAACGAGCUGGUAGCUAAACUGCCAUGUAACCAAAGGUUGAGUUGGGGCCAGCAAUGUAUGUCCCUGAGACGCGCUGACAUUGCUGCAUUCGAUGAUUGGCUUUUCGGUCUAGCCAUGUGCGCUAGCCAGGUCACUUCCAUCCGGACAUCAGCGAUAUCAUCGUGUAAUAGCAACGUCGAACCAAAAAAGGGAAAUCGCGAAUCACUAAAGGGCAGAAUAAUGAUUCACGAUGUGGUUGCGAAAAAUAACGAGCAGAGUGAAAAGUCGAUAAAUUGCCUGAAAUGCGGUGCGAGCCAUACGCUGUCCGAUUGCUAUGAGUUUCGUGCCCUAUCGCAAAGUGACAGAUGGAAAUUUGUACGGGAAAAUAAACUCUGUUUACGCUGCUUCAAAGGUCAUUUCAUUCGUCGAUGUAAUUCGAAAAGGUGCUGUGGCGUAGAUGAUUGUAGAAUGGCUCACCAUCCACUGCUUCACAAUGGAACUUCGUUGGCGAUUGGAAAACGAAAACAAGCAACAUUAUACCACGAGUUGGGCACAGCUGCUGAUAAAGAAACGCAAAGGGCGCUUUUCAGGUAUGUGGAGGUUAUUUUACAUAGCGGUACCAAAGCAAUACGUACAUUCGCCCUUAUCGACGAAGGAGCCUCCUGUACGCUAAUUGAGUCUCAAUUGGCGAACGAGCUUGAUUUAGAUGGGCCAGUUGAAUCGUUAUGCUUGCGUUGGACGGGAGAAAUUACUCAAAAUGAGGCAAAUUCCAAAUUUGUCAAUCUUUACGUUUCACCGAUUACAUUACCCUCUCAAAAAUACAGGCUUCGAAACGUUCGAACCGUUGCUAAUCUAUUACUUCCUCAGCAGUCGCUGUUCAGCUCUACGAUUAGUAAGCACGCACACAUUAAGGGUCUGCCGAUUCGACCCUAUAAUAAAGCAAGAGCGCGAAUUUUGAUAGGUUUGGACAACGCUAAAAUAGGAAUCCCUAUCGAAAUAAGAGAAGAUAGGGGAUCCGACCUUAUUGCCGCAAAGUGCCGACUAGGAUGGAGUGUAUAUGGGCGCGAUAAAACUAACUGCGCUGAACAACCGAGAAUAUUGCAUACCUGCGAAUGUGAUACAACCAGAGACGAUCGUAUGGACCAGCAACUGAAAACAUAUUUUUCUAUUGAUGCCAUCGGAUCAUAUGCACCAAUUAAACCGUUGAUAUCUAAAGAUGAUGAACGCGCUCUUCAAAUCAUGGAAAAGACCACGCGCUUUAUCUCCGCUGAAAAGAGAUGGGAAACCGGGUUACUUUGGAAGCACGAAGCUGUCGAGCUUCCCGAUUCGCUGCCUAUGGCAAUCCGGCGACUCUCGUGCUUAGAAAGUAAAAUGAAGCGUGAUUCGUCAAUUCGUCAAUUUCUUAUAAACAAAAUACAUGAUUAUGAGAAAAAAGGGUACGUACAUAAGUUGAACGAAAACGAAAUAAAAUAUAGCGCUAGGUCUUGGUAUCUCCCUAUAUGUACUGGUGUCGGGCUCAAUGAUAUGUUGCUGAAAGGGCCCGAUCUACUAAAGUCUCUACUGGGGGUACUGCUCCGAUUUCGCGAACGACGUUUCGCAGUUUGUGGAGAUAUACGCGAAAUGUUCCACCAGAUUAAAAUUAUAAAAGAAGAUCAAGUGGCGCAAAAAUUUCUUUGGCGAAACGAUGGCUCGACUCGCGACUAUGAUAUCUACGUGAUGAGGGUUAUGACAUUCGGCGCUUCGUGCUCGCCUUCCUUGGCGAACUACAUAAAAAAUCGUAACGCUCACCGAUUUGCUGAUCUUCAUCCCGACGCCGAACGGGCCAUCGUUAGUAACACAUUUGUUGACGAUUGGCUUCAGAGUGCAGACUCUGAAAAUGAAUUGGCUCGUCUAGCAACUAAAGUUCGUUGGGUUCAUCAGGAGGGCGGAUUCCAAAUGAGAAACUGGAAAUCUAAUUCCAAAUACGUACUAUUUUCAUUAGAUGCUGACGACGUUCCAGCCGCCAAAUGUUUUGAAGAGCCAGAAGCCGUUAUAGAAAAGGUACUAGGGAUGUGGUGGCUGCCAGUUUCGGAUGAGUUAACAUACAUUGAAAAUUUUCCAAAGGAAGUUUUUAAUGAAAAUACGAUCGUGUCGAAGCGACAAAUUUUGCACACAAUUAUGACGAUUUUCGAUCCUAUGGGUUUGCUCGGUUUUGUCAUUGUACAGGCAAAAAUUAUUUUACAAGAUGUCUGGCGCUCCGGAGUAGGUUGGGAUGAACCGAUUAAAGAAGAAGAACGUUGCAACUGGUUUCGUUGGGUAAAACGCAUUCCUGCGAUCAACGGCAUAAAAAUUCCCCGUUGCCUUUCACUUGCCAGCGAAAACCAAAAUAAUCAGUUGCACAUUUUUGUAGAUGCAAGCAUAAAAGCCUACGCUGCGCUGCGGUGGCCUACAUCCGGUCAGAAGUAG